CUUCGGUCUCCCUCCCUCGUCACUACAACCUAAGUCACUUCAGCGCCCAUCGUCCGCUAUCUCCGGCACUUCAUCCACUACCAAACACUUUAUUUCUCCAUACUCAACCCUCAGGUCACUCCGUCAUUGCCUCGACCUACACUAAGUAGGUAGCUCCACUGGAUUGGAUGAGAGGAUGCGACUGGGAGUGUAACCUUUCGUCCCAUAAUACGCCGCCUGAUUCCUCACUCAUCCUUUCCUUUCGUUAUUCUUUUCAACUACGUCAUUGGUCUUGUCACAUUCUAUCCACAACAUGAGAUUUGCCGACUUGCUUGUAGACCUGGCUGCCGUGGCUAAUGCCUCCCGCUCCGUUGCCGGCAAACACGUUGCGCUCCGGGCCAGCCAGAUCGACAGAUACACUAAGACGAGUAGUAUUGCCAGCCUAGCCAAGGACCUUGGGAGAAGCAAGCAACAACACCAGCAGCAGCAGCAACAUUAUCAACAACAGAAACCGGAAUCGCAACAGCAGGAGCAGAGACAGCAGGAUGUGGCUCAGAGUCAGAGUCAGCAACCAGUACAGGGGGCGCGGGUUGAAGAGGUUAUUCAGGUGAAGGAAGAGGUGCCGGUUGAGCAGCCUUCAGCAUCGGUUGCUGCCCAGCCCAAGAUUCCCCCAUCAACACUGGUAUCUGAGGCCAGGGUGUCUGCCGCUACGCCAGAGUCUCAAAAGUCGACUUCCAAACCGUUCACUCCUGCACCAUGGGCAGACCGGAAACCCCUUCCUCAGCCCAGUCCCUUCCCCAAACCACCAAGAAUCGGCGUCAAGAGCAUAAUACCGGGGAUACCAGCCGACCUGGCAGCCCUGAAGGGCGGGGCCAAUAGUGAAGAAGCUGGUGUCGAUCUCAGCAGCAUUUUCAUGACGAACAAGGGUUCCAAGAUUCUGGAGGAGUUGAGCAAGGAGCCUACCGUUCCCGCAGUUGAGAUUACUCCUGAGCCGGUUCCUGCCGUUGUCCCGGAACUUAAGACGACCGAGGUUGAGGUUAAGGCGGAGGAGGAAGUCCAGGUCACUCAGCCACUAGUAGAACAGGAAUCAGUCCAGACGGUCGUUGAAGAGGCCAGGCAGCCCAAGCCGGAAGAGAAGCCGAUUCCGGUCGCGGAAGCCCCGGCGAGCACGCCAGCUCCUCCCCCGGCUGCCGUGAAGCCCACACCACAAGAGACAAAGGCAACUAAGCUUUCGCAAGAGGACGCAGACUUGGUUGCCGAGCUCACAGGCUCGCCUCUCCCAGCCUCUACCCGCCACGAACUCCGCGAGUCCAAGGUCCCAGCCUCCCGCAUCAGCAGACUAUGGAACUACGGCGGUCUCGCCGCCGGAAUGAUGGCCGGCGCUAUCGGCGAAGGUUUCAGCCGAGCCAUCGGCGGCGGCAGCUCCGGGUCCGUCAUGCUCAGCCCGGGCAACGUCGAGCGGCUGGUCUCCCGUCUUUCUCGGAUGCGUGGCGCGGCCCUCAAGCUGGGGCAGAUGAUGUCGAUCCAAGACUCCAAGAUGCUUCCACCGACAAUCCAAGAGGUCUUCCAGCGCGUCCAGGAUCGAGCCGACUACAUGCCGGCCUGGCAGCGCGACCGGGUUUUGGUCUCCAACCUGGGCGCCGACUGGCGCUCCCUGUUCGACGAGUUCGAAGAGAAACCCAUCGCGGCCGCCUCCAUUGGCCAAGUCCACCGCGCCACGCUCAAGUCCAAUGGCGCCCGCGUCGCCGUCAAGAUCCAAUUCCCCGGCGUUGCUGACUCCAUUAACUCGGACCUCGACAACCUCGCCAUCCUGCUGGCCGCCACCAAGCUUCUCCCCAAAGGCCUGUAUCUGAACAAGACCAUCGACAAUGCGCGCACCGAGCUGGCGUGGGAAUGUGAUUACUUGAGGGAAGCCGAGUGCGGCGCCCGUUACAGGGAACUCCUUGCCGCGGAUGGGCAAGAAGACGCCGUCUUCGCCGUCCCGCACAUCUACGCGGAAGCCUCAGGCAAGCAAGUCCUUACCAUGGAGUGGAUGGAUGGCGUGGGCGUCACGCGCGUCAAGGACUUCUCGCAGGAACAAAAGGACUGGAUCGGCACCCAGAUCUUGCGCCUCUGUCUGCGCGAGAUCACCGAGUUCAAGUUCAUGCAGACGGAUCCCAACUGGACCAACUUCUUGUACAACCCCGAAAAACAACGGCUGGAGCUGCUCGACUUUGGCGCUAGCCGAGAAUACCCGGAGGAGUUCAUCUCGCUGUAUAUCCGCCUGCUCGAAGCCGCGUCGCGGGGUGAUCGCCCCGCGGUCAAGUCCCUCUCUGAAGAGCUGGGGUAUCUGACGGGUCAUGAGAGUAGAGCGAUGCUGGAGGCGCAUAUCACUAGUGUCGUUACACUGGCUGAGCCGUUCCUGCAGAGUGCGCCGGAAGUGUAUGAUUUCAGAGAUCAGACGAUUACGGAGAGGGUCAAAGCGCAGAUCCCCGUCAUGAUCCAUGAGAGGCUGGCACCGCCGCCGGAAGAGACGUAUAGCUUGCACAGGAAGCUCAGUGGGGCGUUUUUGUUGUGCGCGAGGCUGGGGAGUAGGGUCAGGUGUAGGGAGAUGUUUGAGAAGGCUUUGGAGAAGACGGAGUAUUUCGGGAAGAAGUGAGUGAGGUGUAUGUAUGAUACUACUGUGGCUGGAAGUCGGGCUGGUAGGGAUAGAUUUGGAGGGUUAGACCAGAGUUUCUGCAAGUGAUUCUUUCUUCUUUCCUGUACAUCUCGGCCGAAUGUUCUCUGUUAUAGGGAAUCUACCGAGUAAGAUCACCUCAAAAAGCAUAGCCAGCACUUGUGGGGUGAUUUGUAACAAUAUUUGUGAAUAUUACCAUUCCAACCUUUUGCGCGCCUG